AUGAGAACGCUUGCCAACAGUCUAGGCCGAAGCCUCGUCGUGUCUGUCUCCCUCUUUCUCUCUGCGUCUCCAGAACCCUGUGUCCGCUUUUUCGUUCUUGUUGUCGUCGUCUCCCCCCCCCCUUCCUCUCGCUGCGUGGUUGGUUUUCCUCGUGGCGCGCAUGCCGCCCCUCAGCGGAGCCGAAGGGUCAAGACUAGAAGUCUGAUUCCGCCGCCUCACCGGAAAGCUGAGAGGCAGGAGAACGAGGGAGAGAAAGGCAGAAGCUGUAAACCGAGGUGUCGCGUGGCAUUCUUUAGCGAGGAGGCGGGGGCCUCUGACACGUCGCUCAUGAUAAAAUACCUGCUACUUAUCAGCCGCCAGGGCAAGCUGCGCCUGGCCAAGUGGUACGUUGCGUAUUCCAAGAAGGAAAAGGCCAAGAUUGUGCGGGAGGUGUGUCAACUCGCCCUGGGUCGAUCUAUGCGGUUUUCCAAUGUGGUGGAACACAGAGGCAGCAAGUACAUUUGUCGUCGUUACGCCUCCCUUUACUUUGUCGCUUCCAUCGACAGCGAUGAUAACGAACUGACCGCGCUGGAGAUCAUUCACCACUUUGUGGAGAUACUAGAUCGCUACUUUGGCAACGUCUGCGAACUCGACCUCAUCUUUAACUUUCAUCGCGCCUACUUUGUGUUGGACGAGGUGAUGUUGGGCGGCGAAUUGGAGGAUAGCAGCAAACGCGCGGUCCUAAAGUAUGUUCAGGUGCACGACAGCGUCUCGGAGGAGAGCGAACAGUCCGGACCAAACGGGGCGGCGGCGGCUUUGGCGGCAACCGUCGGCGCGUUCAAAAUUUCGUAG